UGGAUAAUUUAUAAAAGGAAAAAUACACCAAAAACCACCGCAAUGUCCGGACCUGAAGAGCGGGCUCUUCUGGAGCUCAACCUGCGGAGGGAGACGUGGUGUCAAGUGGAGAUGAACCCCCGGCAGUCCUGGGAGAGGACCCAGAGGAGGCACUACCGGAGUCACCUGCGGACCAGCCCGGUCCUACUCACCGCUCUGACCGCCACACCGCAGCGCAGGGCGGCAUGCACCGAGAGGCCGCCCCCCGCAAAGCUUCCGGAGAGAAGGCACUUCGAAGAGAGCUAUAAAUCACACCUGGUGUAGACUGCACAAUGACAAGCUAACACAACACAUGCUGGAAGAAACUUCAGCUUUCUGUUUUAUUCUGUAUUUAUAAACAGUGUUGAGAGCCUGA